AUGAACCUUCCACUUCAACAAUCGAUGCACUCUGCUGAAGGUUUGAGAGUUGCAAAUGGAGUGACGUUGGACGCAGGGAACGAGGUGCACCAGCCCACUAGCACAGUUCGACAGUUAUUCCUGCUGGAUGAACAUGGACCGAUUCUCACUUCGUUCUGGCUAUAUCUCUUGCCGCGUCAUAUGCGCUUGCAAGCGCAAGAGCCUGGGUGGACUAUCUUCAAGAAUUAUCCGACCGAUAUCAACAAUAGGGGGUGGAACAGCAUGAGGACGGUAUCAAGAGGGUAUACACAGGGUCAGGAGCUACAAAUCCAACAUCGCUGUUCUUCGAUCCAAUACCGGACAUAUGGUCGUAUAGAGCCUUGGUACAAACUCAUGAUUGUUCUGCUCAAGGAUCUGAUGUGUCCUUACCGCCAUAUAGGGAAAGUAGUUAUUUGCCGCGUCGUCACUUCCAUCAUUAUCAACUCUGAAUUGAAUCUCAUCGUUGAGGAUUUUUCCGGACUCACGACGCAUGUGGAGAUAUUGAAUCUACCUACGCUCCGAUCACCAUCGGCAAUCCCGCUCCAGGAGCUCAACGAGAUAUUUCCCGUGGGCGCAUUAUUCGCUAUCAAAGAGCCUACAACUCUGUCUCUGAUUUAUGGCCAUGGGAGAAUCCGUGUAGAAGUCCCCGGUGAAAUCGAGCGACUGCACCCGCUGGACCCUAGGGUGGCCAACUUUAAGUGGCAGUUGGAGCCUCUUAACUCCGAUCGCAGAAGUCUAUCACAAGUCGUUGGGGUAGGAAAUGAGGAUGUUUGGAGAGGUUGUUCCAUGCUCACUUAUGGUCUCGCUCUCCCCUCUAGUCUACGCUCCGCAGACAUGACAUGCUUGUUACUGGCUCGACGGGCAUCCGCGAAUCUGGGCGCCAACAGGCCCGCUUCUUCGUAUCGCGAUCUUCAGGAGGCGGAGAAGAUCCCCAUCAAAUCGGACUGCGUUCAGGACGUGCAAAAGGAAAUAGUAUAUCACAAAGCCAAGGCGGCUUAUAGGAUGGGAUUAUGGAGACACGCUGACAUGCUGGCCCAGCACGCAUUCGACACUGGUACCAGAAAGGCGUCUGCGAUCCUGAAUAAACUCGACGUCCGUCUGGAGGAGGGAUUGGGGAAUUAUGACUGGAACGCACUUUUCGACAGAUAUGUCGCCGGGCGUCGACUCGAUGUAGCAAAUUAUGUCGGUCCGGUCAGAGUCGUCCGAGUCCCAGGCAAACACAGAUCUCUCGUACUCACGUCCGACGUAUAUGCGGGUACUCUUCUGCUGGUCGAGAAGGCUCUGAUUCACGCCAGUCGUUCAGAACGGUCCAGCUCGCAACCCAGUCGGCUGGAUCCUGUCAGUGGGGACGUCAAAGAAGACGCCCGAGUCAUCGCCACGAGAAAAGCGGUACAAUUGUUGAUCGACGAACCUCGCUUGAAGAAGAUUUGGGACACUUUGUUUCCAUCAGUAAACCCCGAAUCGGCAGUUCUUGAACUGUCUGAGACCGAAAGGCUCGAGGCUUUACACGAGCCCGUCUCCUUGGAUAUUCACAGUAUCUGUACCAAAAUAGCUAUCAACUCCUUCGGUCUAUCGCCCAUCACGGCGAAAGGUUUCCACUCUGCUCCAAUGAGAAAGGACGGAGAGGUAGACAAGGACACGGCGAUAUGGCCCACCGUGUCCAUGAUAAAUCACUCUUGUUUACCCAACACGGUGCAUAUCGCAUGGGGAGAUGUCGCUGUCGUGAGAGCGCUGAACGACAUGUCGGCAGGAACAGAACUCACCAUCUCAUAUUUCUCCCGCGAACAACCUUACGAAACCCGAGCGGCCAAAGCGAAACAGUAUCUCUUCACAUGUGAUUGUAACCUAUGUGCAGCGGACCGAAUGGAUGAAUCGAUACGACGCGGCAAACUCAUGGAGAAGUUUGACAUGGCGAAACAAGCCAGUCGAAAUAUUUUACUCUCCCCUCGAUGUGCGCCUGAAUGGAUGGAUCGUAACAAACGAUUCAGGAAGGAGAUGGAAAUGUUUGGGAUGGAGAUCGAGAGGACUUAUGCUCCCGGAAGGACCAUUCGACUGGAAUUGGCUAGAGUGUUGCGUCUCAUGACUGAGCACUACAAUGAUACAAUGGACCAUCGAAAUGUCGCAGAUAUCAAUAAAGCAAUUGAGUUGGAAAUCAAGGCGCUGGAAUGUAGCGGGGCUGUUGUUUCCACUCCUGAACAGAGUGCGAUUCAUGGCCGAACGAUUGAGCGAUUGGGACCACAAACGGACGAACAGAUUAUGGCCACGCUCCGGAUCAUGGGAAUGCAUGCCAGUCUCGCAAUGAGUGUGCCAUCCCCAGUUUCAGAGACUGGUCAAGAGUUCCUACAAGUAGAUGAGACUCCGAUGAACGAGAAUGAAGAACGGUCUCAUCACUGGUAUGAUACGGCUUGCUGGAUCCACGAGUUGAUGUAUGGUGGAGGAUCGAGAUUACGUGAGGUGAGAUAUGGGAGUGAGGUUGAGAGGCAGCUAGGGUUCGAUGGGAUGAUGGAGAGAAGUGCUGAGCACGACGAGGAUGAGGAAGGCGAGGAAGAUGAGGAAGAUGAGGACACCGAGAGUGAGGACGAUGAGGAUGAUUCGGAUAGUGAAGAUGACUGGGACGCAUGGGACGAUGGGGUCCGAUGA